AGGGUGGGGGAGUUGUGGGCGGUUCUUCUUUCUCCUCGUCUCUCUUCACCCUCGCGUGGGUAGGAGCGCCAGCGGCUUCGUCCGAUCUCUCACCUCACUUCAGUCUUCAGCCACGCACACUCCCUCCUUCCCUCCCCGAUCACUACUCUCCCUCUCCAGUUCACACCCACCGCCCCACCUCUCCCACUCAAAUCCAGGGCCAUCGCAGAUCCACCGCCUCCCCGAUCCGGUCGCCUACCCAGCCGCCCGAUCGGAUCCUGCAGGGUUUGUGCCCGCCGUGAGUUAGAUGGUUUACGAUGGUGCCGUGAAGGACCAGGACCAGGAGAGCGCAGCGGCGAGCACUGCGUUGGCGGCAUCGGUGGUGGCGGCGUCUCCCGAGCAGGUGGUGGUGGGGAGCACGAGGGUCUCGGCGAGGCCGCCGCAAGACAAGCGCCUCGGCGUGCGCCACCCCUUGAAGCACCGCUGGUUCCGUGCCCGGGGUAAGGUGAUGGUGGAGCUCGGAGGGGUGCCGCCCGCUCACGCCGUGCCGGAAGGCGAGGAGGAGGAAGAGGAGGAGGAGGGAGUCAGCGAGAGCGAGGUGGAAGAGGAGUUAGUGGAGGUAGAGGUGGAGCAAGCCUCGUCAGCGGGGACGGGAAUGCGGGGCGUUGAAGUGGAGGUGUUAUCCGCGCCAGCAACAGGGGUGCAGGAGAUGGACGUGGAGGUCGGUGAAAUGGAGGUGUCGCCUGAGCCCGCGGUCGCUGUGGGGGGCACCGAGCUGGAGCCCCAGCCGGACGACGAGGACGAGGUCUCAUCCGUCACCUUGGCGCGAGGGGAGAGGAAGCAGGAGGCCGCUCCUGCUCCUGCUUCCUCUGCCGUGCUAGCUGUGGAGGCGCCCAGGGAGAAGGAUCAGGAUGGGGAGAGGGUGGAGAAGGAGAAGAGGGACAAGGAGAGGGAAAUGCAGAAGGAGCGGGAGAGGGUGGAUGAGGUCGGCUACAUGAGCGGAGGAUGGAAGAGUGUGGAUGGAACGCUGAAUUGUGGAUAUUCAAGUUUUAGAGGAAAAAGGGCAAGCAUGGAAGAUUUCUAUGAUAUAAAAUCAUCUAAAAUUGAUGAUAAACAAAUACAUCUCUUUGGAAUUUUUGAUGGUCAUGGCGGUUCACGUGCUGCUGAGUAUUUGAAGGAGCAUUUGUUUGAGAACCUCAUGAAACAUCCAGAGUUCAUGACAAACACAAAAUUAGCAAUAAAUGAAACAUAUAGGAAGACCGAUUCAGAGUUCUUGGAUGCUGAAAGGAAUUCUCAUAGAGAUGAUGGGUCAACAGCAUCAACAGCAGUGCUAGUUGGUGACCAUCUUUACGUGGCAAAUGUUGGAGACUCAAGGGCUGUUAUAUCAAAGGCUGGCAAAGCUAUUGCGCUCUCUGAAGAUCACAAGCCGAACAGAAGUGAUGAGAGGAAACGAAUCGAGAGUGCUGGUGGAAUAGUUAUGUGGGCUGGAACUUGGAGGGUAGGUGGUGUACUUGCAAUGUCUCGGGCAUUUGGCAACCGUCUCUUAAAACAAUUUGUUAUUGCAGACCCUGAGAUUCAGGACGCUGUUUCACUUGUGAAGAUGGAGGAGGAUCCUGAGGCAGCAGCCCGGAAGCUGACAGAGACUGCGUUCUCCCGUGGGAGCGGCGAUAACAUCACCUGCAUCGUUGUGAAGUUCGAGCAUGACAAGCCUGGUGGCGGCGGCUACUCGCCUCCAGGCGACAAGAGUUGAUUCCAUUUGCUGUUGGUUAUACGCUUUGCCGGUGUCCCUUUUACCCUGGGCCGGAUUUUGCUGGCCCCAUCCAUGGUGCCCCCCGCGGCUGGUACUUGAGGAAGGAGCUGGUUCAUGUUCGUCGCCUGUCUUGUCUAUAUUUAUGCCACUAAUUUUGGUCUCCGGUCAGUGGGGUUACCGGCGGGCAGUGCUUGCCCAUUUGCAUGUUUAUCGUGGGUUCAUCGUCCUAUACGGCAUUGUUGUAGACUUGUAGUUGCUGUUGCCUGUUGUAUCAAUGAGAGCUAAUUCUGUGAGGCGCAGGGGGAUGGGUGCACUUUGAGAUGUUCCCGGACCGAUCUCCUUGCAAACACCUCCGCUGCACUGUAUGUUUCUGUUAUAUACAGAUCAUUGUCCUUGCACGGCCGUCAGCCAA